AUGAACAACAUCGAUGGCUCAGAUCGCCAUCUGAAGACAGAAGAAGCACCGCCGCCGUCCCUCCUUGCGAUUGUUCUCGACACAAACCCUCACGCCUGGGCGCAUCUUUCAUCAACGCUGUCCCUCUCCGCCGCCCUAGCCAACAUCCUCAUCUUCAUCAACGCCCACCUAGCGUCCGGCAAUGCGAACGAAGUAGCGGUCAUAGCCUCACACUCCCAUAAGACGAGCUUCCUGUAUCCAACGAAGGCAUCUUCGCAGCCUAGACAGAAUGGCAAAACCAACGGUGACGUCGACAUGAGCGGCAGUGGAGCGGAGAGGUCACAUCAAGAGAGCCCCAACAAAUAUCGGCCCUUUGCCGUAGUCGAGAGCACGAUCCUACAGAACUUUGCCAAACUGCUGGAUGAGACAGACGAGAGUCAUCUUGCGGCGACACCCACGACCCUCAUCGGCGGCGCAUUGUCUCUGGCACUUGCCUACAUCUCGAAGUCGACCAUCCAGCAUGCACCCAUCGCCUCCGGCAACGACAACUCUAUGGCCGCCCUCGCCGAUUCUGAGAACGCUCAUGUCGACCGCAUACCUCUCACAUCUCGCAUUCUUGUCGUCUCGGUGUCUGGAGACCUCGCCAAUCAAUAUAUUCCAGUCAUGAACUCAAUCUUCGCAGCACAACGGAAGAAGAUCCCGAUCGACAUCUUGAAGCUAGCAGGCGAUACAGUACUGCUACAACAGGCCAGUGAUGCAACAGGCGGUGUAUACAUGAAGCCAGAGCGGCCAGAGGGACUGCUGCAGUACAUGAUGAUGGCCUUCUUGCCGGACGCCACUGCGCGCGCUAGCCUAGUGGUUCCAAGCGCUGGCGGUGUUGACUUCCGUGCUGCCUGCUUCUGUCACAGGAACGUGGUCGACAUAGGCUACGUCUGCAGUGUGUGUCUGAGCAUAUUUUGCAGCCCGAACCUUCCAAACAACCUGUGUCUCACAUGUGGGUCAUACCUCUCGUUGCGCGCUGCACUGACGAAUCCACCGUCCCUCAUUCCUAAGAAGAAGAAAAAGAAGAGGAAGGCGGGGACAGAGUCUGCAACACCAGGCGGGAGUACACCUGUAGGGUCAGGCACGCCUAUGCACCCUUGA